GCGAAGAUGCACUUGCGGCUCAGCAACGGACUCCGAAAGUCCAAGUGGUUUCUCGUACCUCCCUCGUACCUCUCGAGAAGAAUUACGGUGUUAACUUCAACCGCUGCUAACUAAUUAACCCUGAUUUUAUUUCUUCUUAAUUGAAUUAAAAAAAAAAUCCUCCUAAGGCGAGAGCAGGAUGAAGAACACCGGGAUGAAAUGGAAACUGCCGCUGGUCUGCCUCCUGUGGCAACUCGCCAUGAUUAUACUCUUCGGCGUUUUCAUCAGAUACGAUGACGAAUCAGACGCGCACUGGAUCGAAACCAAGAGAAUCCGAAAUAUCACCAGCGAUAUAGAGAAUGACUUCUACUUCAGGUACCCCAGCUUCCAGGAUGUCCACGUGAUGAUCUUUGUGGGAUUUGGCUUCCUGAUGACUUUCCUGAAGAGAUACGGAUUUGGAAGUGUCGGCUUCAACUUCCUGAUUGCAUCCUUCAGUAUCCAGUGGGCUCUGCUGAUGCAAGGGUGGUUUCAAUCCCUAGAUUUCAGCGAUGGCAAAAUCAAAAUCGGCGUGGAAAGUCUGAUUAAUGCUGACUUCUGUGCUGCAUCGGUGCUCAUCGCCUUUGGAGCCGUCCUUGGAAAAGUCAGCCCCAUGCAGCUGAUGGUCAUGUCGGUGUUUGAGGUGACCUUAUACGCAGUCAACGAGUACAUCAUACUGAACCUUCUCGGGGCCCGGGACGCGGGAGGCUCGAUGGUUAUCCACAUGUUUGGUGCCUAUUUUGGACUGGCAGUCACUCGUGUUCUGUACAGGCCUCAGUUGGAUCAACGGAAGAAUGAAUCAGUCUACCAUUCAGACAUCUUCGCCAUGAUUGGCACCCUUUUCCUCUGGAUGUUCUGGCCCAGCUUCAAUUCCGCCAUCUCUCAUCACGGAGACGGGCAACACCGGGGCGCCAUCAACACCUACGCCUCGCUGGCCGCCAGCGUCCUCACCACCAUCGCCAUCUCCAGCCUCUUAGGGAAGAAAGGGAAGAUCAACAUGGUCCACGUGCAGAACGCCACGCUGGCCGGGGGAGUAGCCAUGGGCACAGCCGGUGAGAUGAUGCUGACUCCGUACGGAGCGCUGAUUGUCGGAGCCAUCUCCGGGACCAUCUCUACGCUGGGAUUCCUCUACCUGUCGCCGGUCUUGGAGAAACACCUGCACAUCCAGGACACGUGCGGCAUCCACAACCUGCACGCCAUACCAGGGUUGAUCGGAGCCAUCGUGGGGGCCGUCACAGCAGCGGCCGCCACCGAGGGUGUCUACAGCAGGGAAGGGCUGAUCGCUGCUUUUGGUUUUGAGGGUAGAUUUGAAGGGCGGACCCCGAGUGAGCAGGGGGGGUUUCAAGCCGCAGCCCUGUGCGUCACGCUUCUCAUCAGCCUGGCCGGAGGCAUCAUUGUGGGUUUUAUUCUAAAAUUGCCCAUCUGGGGCGACCCACCUGACGAAAACUGCUUUGAAGAUGAGGUGUACUGGGAGGUUCCAGAAGAUUCACUAUACACUGUCCUCGCCUCGAACACACCUCCUUUGAAACCGAAUAGUAAUGAGAACGGUGAACCGUGACACCCAGAUGAUUGUGUGUUGAACAUCAUCAAGCCCUGACCAAGAGGGCGUUUUGUUAAUUACUUCUCUGCUCUCUCCACUACGCGAUGCAGACUCUUCAGGGAAAGCAGCGGACAAUUGCACGGACAUUCCAAGAGACUCGCGGGCGGUGGGCUACCCCCCGGCCCUUCUCUCCGUCUCUUCAGCCUGGGAACACUUACUUUUACUGUCCUCUGGCUUUGAGUGUUUUGCUUUGCAACGAUUGCCCUAUUCAUUGAUAGAGUGCUGACUGCCACUGUCACAUCUCGUGCCUCUAUUCCCCUCGCCAUAGAGCACAGAAACAGGCCCUUCGGCCCAACUCGUCCAUGCUGACCAAUAUGCCUCAUCUAAGCCCAUGCCAUUAGCCCACAUUUGGCCUAUAUCCCUCUAAACCUUUCCUAUGUAUACCUGUC